CACACCUCCAUAUCAUCUCCAAGGAGCUCAAUUCCUCGACAUCCUCCAUUUCCUCCGCCCCUUUGUCAAGUAUCCGACGUCCUUGUUGGCUUCGAUCCUUGACAAAGAUACAAUCUGGUUCGUCUACACGUACAAUCACGUUCACUUUUGUUUGACGCCAUCGAUUUCCAGCCUCGAAAGUCCUGCGAGAUUUAUUGUGCUGUGGUCGGCUCUGCGGCAUUCUCUCCCUUGGCCGUAGCGAUACUCGUGUGCUUUUAACUAACCAACGAAUAGAGUCAUUUAGACCUCUGUGUCGACUGACUUCCUGGCCACACAAGAGCGCCUUCGACUUUGCCGUCGCCCGCCGUUGCUUGUAAGGCUGUCUCGUCCGGCGGUUCACGUGCGUCCAUUUUCUACCUCCACGCACCAACUUUCCGUUGGUUGGACUGGACAAGUCAUUUAAAAGCUUUGUUUUUGAACUGCCCUGUUGUGACGAACUCGAGCGUCUGUUAUCGAUGCCUUCCGGCCCCGAGCUCAUACAACUCUUUUAACUUUUAUCGUUUGAAACAUUUCUCGGGCGGUAUCUCGCAAAGUUCCGUGUCGCGAUCGGUCGUCCCACAAAUAUCCCCGAGCAAUCAUCGCCACAUCCAUACAAGCCUUGUUGGUUUGAUUGUGGGAUAAUCUGCCAUCGGUGGGGCAGCUCGCUGGUGGAGGUCGUCUCUUGUUUGUUAGAUUGGUGACGGGGGCGUGCAACUGGCAUAGCCUAGAAGGGACAGCUACUGGCUACCGCGCCGUAACGCCAGUAGAAUCCAACUCGUACCUCUAGCUUGAUUUCCUCAGCCUCUUGAGUUGUCUCCAAAUGGCGACACCGACACCAAAGUCGGCGGCUGACAUGCCCGCUUUUUCCUAUGCGCAGGCCGCGAAGGGUUUGGUUUCUUCAACUCCUACUCAGUCAACCACUGAAAACCAAGGAAAAUCGACGAUUUCGGCGAAUGAACCGACAAAGGUCGAGAUGAUUGAUAGCUCCAACAACAAGGACUCGAAACAGGCCCCGGGCUCUAAUGAGUCUACGGACAUCCUUGGGAAACAGAAACUCGGAAUAGAACGGGACCUUACCAAAAACAUCUCUUCGGGAGCAUCUUCUCCGAGUGUUGCGACAGCAUCCACUGACACGUUACCCAAAGAGGACGAUAUGUCACUUACGCCCAACGGGUCAUCAGAUUCUACCUGGGAUAAGCAAUCCCAGGCUUCUGUUUUGAUUGACAAGCCCAAUCAAACCCCAGAAGGAAGCAAAGAGAAGUCUUCGGAAAACGGGUCGGAGAAAGGCAGCAUGCCUUUGAAAGAGCUGAGGGCAGCCCCGAUUCCUGCUGUAAACAUUUGGCAGCAGAGACGUGAAGCCCAAGAAGCGAAAGUCAAGGCCAAUGCGGCUUUGAAGCCAGCGAGUACGCUCCCCAAACUUGCUCCGAAGGCCUCUAUCGCACAGUUUGGCUCUGAGGCUCGUCCAGACGCAUCAAAGGGUAGCAACAGGAGGAAGUCCUCUGAGUCUUUCGGGGAGAAGAAGAGAGCAGGUGAUGCUCCAAAAAAGAAUAACGUACGAUCGCAUCGGUCUGCUACAGAGCCUGAUCCAACUGAGCCAUUACCAUCAAUGGCGGACACUGCAUCAUGGCCAACACCACAACUUGCGCAAGGCGAGGAACAACGAAGGGCGCAAGGAAAGGUCGAGAAAACAGAACGGUCUGAUAAAGAAAAGCCCGCUGGCUCCCGACCUCACGGAAAGGAAAAGUGGAUGCCUGUGCCUUAUGUGCCUACAGCAGUCUUUUCCACCCCGCUACCACCGGCCGCUCGAAGGGGUGGCAGAGCUGCAAGAGGAUCCAGGGAGGGUGGUGCACAUGGCGGCAGUCAAAUCCAUGGAAAUAAUGCUGGUGACCGGCGAGCGACCGGUGAUUCCAGGUCUGCCCAAGGAGCUAAACUAAAUGGUGCAGACGCCGUAUUUGAUGGAGAAAGCUCCCACUCAGACGGAGCACAAAAUGGCAAACUCAAAAAUGCUGAAGGGGCGUAUCCGGAGAGCAACCGAACUACACACUUUGAAUCAUCCCAGCAACGACAAGACUCCAAAUCAUUCGGUAAGUCUCAGGAGUCGUCAAAUGCACCUCACACCCAUGCUCCAAGGCAGGGCGGGCCGCACGGCGAAGGUUACUCCCGCUAUGGCCAAAAUGCAGAACGACGCUUCGAAAGCGGCCCGCGUUCUGCAGACCCUUUCAAAGAGUCAAACUCGUUCGCGCUUAGGGAGCGGGACUUUGGUCGAGACCGUGAUUACCAGCGAGGUGAUUUCCACAGGGAGAGAGACUAUGGUAGAGAACAUCGGGGAGAGUCCCGUUCUGAAAGGGGCCGGGGCAGCUACCGGGGACGCGGUGGACAUUCUAAUUAUACUAGUGCACAAAAUACAGCAUUCCAUAGCGCUCCGAUCCCACAACACCCGUUCUCAACUCCUAAGAACUUCACUUUCAGCAAUGACCGACACCGCAUGCAACAGCCGGGCCCCCAAAACGGAUCCCAGGGCAGUGCUAGAAUGGGUUUGCGGUCGCCCUCGAUGCCCAAUCCCGCGAUCUAUGGACCAUCACCUUACCCGAUACAGACCGACCUCACUUCCGUGUAUGGAUACCCCCAAAUUCCCCAGGGUCCCAUGACUGCCGUCCCAUAUCAACCGUAUAUGGAGCAAUAUUCCUUGAUGAGCAUGAUUUCGAUGCAAUUGGAAUACUACUUUUCGGUUGAUAACCUUUGCAAAGAUUUAUUCCUUCGAAAGCACAUGGAUUCUCAAGGCUUCGUUCUUUUGAGCGUUAUCGCUGCUUUCAAGCGCAUUAAGUCCCUAACUGAGGACAUGGACGUUCUUCGCCUGGUUUGCCGCCAACUGAAAAACGUUGACUAUAGACCUAGCGAGGAUGGUUUGGAUCGUGUCCGCAAGAGGGAAAAAUGGGAUCAGUGGGUCCUAAGCAUGGAGAUGCGAGACCCUUCAGCUCAGAAUGAAGGUCCACCGCCAGUUACAACUUCACCUUCCACAAAUUUUGAUGGUCUCAAUGAGAAUGGAAUGACUGUGCAACAGGAUGGAUAUUCUAAUCUUACGAACGGAGCCACGCAUGCUACCUCCACAACAUCGCCACCAUCAAGUGCGCCGUCGUUGGACACUGCCAAUAGCCAAGCCCCCGCUCGUUCUGUCAAGUUGUCUUCCACUGCAGCCGAAUUUUCUCCUCUGGUCCCUCCGACGACACAGAAUGAAAAUGUUAGUGAGAGAGAUCCCGUUUCUGAAAAUACCUUUCCAGACGAGCAAAUCGGGGAUUUGGUGAUUGUGGUGCGUAAGCCUGGAAUUCCCAGCCCAGCUCAGUCGCCUUUUCUCGGGCCCUCGUCUCGUUCUUUCUCCAAUGGAUUUGUUGACGGUUAUAAAGCAGCCCUCGGGCAAUUAAAUGCAGAAAAUCGGUCGCCGUUAGUUGCUCACGGAAGUUCACCCGGGUCAGAUAGUGCCGAUGUGGAUCGACGAAGGAAAUCCGCCUGCUUACCAAAGUCACACUCGUUGAUCAAGUCUUCUGAGCAAGCAAGCGGUCCUUUGCCUACGUUCUGGAUUAAAAACGACAAGUCUCCCAUCGAAUCCCUUCCGACAGGUCUUGUUCACGAGUCUUACACCGUAUUCCGCACGCAGGCCCUUGAGAAGCGUCUAUCCGACUCUUUGAGUGAAACUCCUGUGGAUAUGGAUGUGCUCUAUCAAUUUUGGUCUCACUUCUUGGUUCGAAAUUUUAAUUCUCGAAUGUACAAUGAGUUUAGGAGCUUGGCGUUUGAUGAUGUUUCGUCUAGAAGUUCUACCGUUGGCCUUCGAUAUCUCAUCAAGUUCUAUGAUGGCGUUCUUUCAAGCAACAGACUGAUCGGUGAUGGUGUUGCUCGUGAUCUUAUCGCGCUUGUGAAAUCGGAAACCGGCGAUAAGGAGCGGCCCGCUUUUCAACGUCUUCGAUGUGCAUGGAGGAACGGCGCGUUUAACCUCAGAAGCAGAAAGAAAAUCGAUGGUUUGAUUGACGACAAUUUACGAGCCGAACUGGAACGUUAACUGUCUUGUGAAGGUUUAAUUUGCGCAUCGAAUUUUCAGUUAGAACGGUCUUCUAUUAUUAAUGUUCAUCCUUCCGCAAGCCUCGCCCUGCUAUCCGAUUUCGCAUAACCGUGCCCGCUGUCAAGAGCGAUUUAUUCAGACUUUUUACCUCUAGUGAGCAGUCGCCGUGAUAUUUUCUCCGAGAUGCGCAUGUCGAUUUGUCCGCUAUAUCACACCAAUUUCGAGAUCAAUCCUGCUGUUCUGAUAGAAUUGACUUCGACCUCAGUAUUUUGUUUCGCCCUUCCCUCUACGAAUAUGACCCACCACCCAUACCCCGGAUUGCCCCAAAAAAAAAAAAAAAAAAAAAAGAAAAAAAAGGGAAAAUAUCUCAUUUUUAAGGAAAUACAAGUCACGUUUAAAAUAUUGCAUUAUAAACGGAAAAUCUCAUUUGGUCAAGUUCUGGGGUUACACUUUUUCACCAUUUUUCUCUUCGGCAUUUCGAUUCGGACCUUUGACAGGCGCCUCACUUCAUUUUCCUCGAUCUUUACUUCCGCUGUCUAUGGAAUGUCAUGCUUUUGCGCAUGACCCUGCUGCCGUUGCGUUCUCUUUGGCCUUCGACUCAGCCGAGCAUUGGCCACAAUGGCUCAUGCGGGAUAAAGGGACAUUCAUGGAAUAGCAGGAUGCUGUUUUGAUUUUCUCUUAAAAAUUUGGUCUUAAUGAUUUUACGGUUUGCUGCAUGUCUGUCAGGGUCUUAGGUUGAUGUUUAUUUCCCAAUUUUUGUCCAAGGACGCGUUUCAAAAAGCACUUACCAUGAUGGCAUGGGUUUCAUUUCUGAUUAGUGUGUUCUUUAUGCCUUUGUCUUUCUAUGUCUGUUACAAGAUCGAUGUUCCCUGAUCGUAUUUUCACAUUAGUUUUCAUUCGUGACCUUUCCUUUCUCUCAGCUUGAGACUCUCGAUCCAACUCCCGUCCAUUUCUAUCUGUUGUUUGUUCUGACUCAUAAUGGAUUACCCGUGACCUACUAUGGAGGAUCAAGUCUGCAUGCUGCGGAUAAUUCUGAGUCGUAGCUUUUAUCAUAUAGGCCCCAGU